AUGGAGCAGUUUGAGGUCGCCGACGAUGCCUCGUCCGGAACGGGAAGAGAUGUGGACUCUAAAAGGAAAGCCGUCGUCACGUACGAGCGCGUGCAGCUCAUAAUCCGCGUUCCCAUGCUCCUCUUCGGCUACGGCGUGCUGGCGCUCUGGUUAUACAUCGCCAUUAGGUGGAAUCAAGAGGAUGGGGCGAGACAGAAUCUACCCGACGCCAAGCCGCUGGGAGAGGUGAACAUGUGGUUCGGAAUACCUAUUGUCUGCAGUCUGGUCCGUUUUUCCAUCAUUUUCGAUACCUGGGACAUCGUGGCGCUCUCGAGCCCAACCCGCACGCGAGCCCGCCCCGGCAUCCUCCUGACCCACGAGCUCCUCAACAUUAUCACCAUGACCUGCGGCGUCAUAUUUGGGUACAGGUCUUCGUACAACGAGGAAUACUUUGAUCUGGCGAAAUCCGACAACGAGCGCUACCCUUUGCGGCUCUAUACCUAG